UCGUAAAUUUUCUACCAAAAAUAUCUUCUUUCAUCAUCAUCUUCUUCUUCCAGACGACGCAGCAGUAGCAGUGUAGCAGGUAGAUCUAUGGUGCGGCUGCCUUUGCUCUGUUGGACUCACAACAUCCCAAUCCCAUUUCCAUUCCCACUUAACAACCAACAAUCAUCCAUCCAUCCAUCCUCUGACCUGAUCUAAAAAUGGCAGGCGGAGACAGGACGAGGAGGAUUGGCGUGAUUGGAGCUGGAAUCAGCGGUCUCCUCACCUGCAAGUACCUGUUGCAGAAGGGGUUCGCACCCAUUGUUUUUGAAUCUGAGGGCGACAUUGGAGGAGUGUGGAGGAAGACAAUCCAAACCACCAAGCUCCAGACCCCCAAAUCGCUCUAUCAGUUCUCCGACUUCCCAUGGCCGCCAUCGGUCGCCGACCCCUUCCCCACCCAGAAACAAGUCCUCCAAUAUCUCCACUCCUACGCACACUUCCAUGGCUUGCUCCCCCGCGUACACCUCAACUCCAGAGUCCUCAGCCUCACCUACCAUGGCUCCCAAGAAGAAGAAGAUGAAUGGAAUUGGUGCAAACCCUUUGGAAAUGGAGGAGAAUGGAGGAUUACGGUGCAGAACACACAAACCCUGUCCACAGAGGUUCACAGAGUUGAGUUUGUGGUAGUGUGCGCCGGGAUGUACAGUGGUUCCCCAAACAUUCCAGAGUUCUCCAAGGCUAAGGGAGAAGAAGGACCUGAGGUAUUCCAAGGGAAGGUGAUGCAUUCCAUGGAAUACUCCGCCAUGGACCACGCUGCCGCCGCCAACCUCGUCAAGGGGAAGUCCGUCGCUGUGGUCGGCCUCCAGAAAUCCGGGAUGGAUAUUGCAAUGGAGUGCUCAUCAGCCAACGGCCCCGACUCGAAGCAGCCUUGCAUCCUGCUGUACAGGACACCCCACUGGAACGUGCCCGAUCACUUGCCGUGGGGGCUGCCCCUCGCCUACCUCUACCAGACUCGCUUCUCCGAGCUUUUGCUCCACAAGCCGGCGCAAGGCCUUCUUCUAUCCCUCCUCGCGACAUUCUUUUUACCUCUGGUCUGCUCUCCUCUUUCAACCUUUUCUCACACUUGUUUCAUACAUACACUUAUAUGCGAAGCUGCUUCUGCUGCUGCUGUUUUGUAUCAGAGAUGGGCUGUUUCAAAAUUCGUCGAGAGCCACAUCAAAAGGAAGCUCAAGCUCACAAAACACGGCAUGGUGCCAAAACAUAGCUUCUUGCAGGAAAUAAAUUCAUGCUCCAUUGCAACUGUACCUGAGGGUUUCUACGACCGGGUGGAGGAAGGGAGUAUCAUACUCAAGAAAUCACAAAACUUCAGCUUUGUCCGUGAAGGCGUCAUGAUAGAUGAUUCUGAUGACAACAACGAUGAGCCUGAGACCCUGAAGAUCGAUCUGUUGAUACUUGCUACUGGGUUCAGAUUUGUCGACAAGCUGAAAGCUCUAUUCAUAUCUUCACCUUUCCAGAGCCUAAUAGACAAAGAUACAACACUUAUGCUCUACAGACAAUGCAUUCAUCCUCGGAUUCCACAGCUUGCGUUUAUUGGAUUCUCAGAAAGUAUCGCAAAUCUGUUCACCUCAGAGAUGCAGUGCCGUUGGUUGGCAGAGCUUCUUGACGGCACAUUCAACCUGCCAAGCAUUGAAGAGAUGGAGGAAAACACCCGGCGAUGGGAUAAAUACUACAGGGAGAAAUCAUUGGGUGAAUACCACCACCACCAUGGCAACAGAUCAUGCCUGGGUGCAGUUCAAAUAUGGUUCAAUGAUCAGUUAUGCAAGGAUAUGGGGUGGAAGCCACUUCGGAAGAAGGGUUUACUCAAGGAAUUGUUCCAACCAUACGGGCCAAUGGACUAUGCUUAAAUUAAAUAUGCACAAUAGGUUUUUCAAUUUUCAAGUACAUAGAAUAAUGUUAAGGCGAUAAUGUGUCCCCCAAAUUGCAGGAUUUGGUAAAUUUACAUGUGGUAGGGAACAAGAACCAGAUCAUAUACGAUAAAUUAAGUAAACAUGCCAUUUCUGGGCAACUGAUUCCUACUGGCAGCUCAAUCAAUCAAAUAGUAAAAAACAAAAGGGAGCUGCUUAUCUGCAGUGUCUACUGUUGCCUA